AUGAGUAUAGGUUCUGGAGAUGCGGUAGAGGAAAUACCGCUAGAAAUUGAGGAUUACUCCUGCAAUACAUACUUUGAAGAUAUUGUAGGGGAAAUUGAACGUUAUCUCGUGGAGGAAUUCCGUACACGACCAGAAUUACAGCGUUUUCUUUCCAUUCCACAACUUUCUCAAAAUACAAAUCAAUCCAUUACUACUAAUACUACUGAUACUACUGGAGAGAUAGUAUUAGGACGUAAUUUCUUAGUGGGUCGUCGUCGUAAUAAUAGUAGUAAUAAUAAUAAUCAGAGUAAAGAAGAUAUGUCUGAUAGUGAAGGCAUUGCGGUGGAGAUUCAUAUAUGUGGUUCACAAGAAAAAGAACAUGAAUAUGAACAACAUCCGAUAUUUCGUCUUUUUUCACUUCCUAUUUUUUUUCUGGCACGUAGUACCACAACAGCCUCAUCCUAUCACACCAGUGAAUCUUCUUAUUAUCUUUCGCUUCUUACAACGGCGGUGAGUCGAGUGAUGCGGGGUCCUUUCUCUUUACAUUUUGGUAAAGAUCCUUCCCCUAUUCCUUCCCCUUUUUUUUACGCUAAUGGUACCGCCCCAUGUUUUGUUUCUAUUGGAGAUCAUUAUGAAUUAGCCUUUACAGGUGUCUCUCCACCAUCUAUGAUAACAGAAUGGGGAGGAGGUAAUAAUAAUAAUAAUAAUAAUAAUAGUGAAAAUGGAAAGUUACAACAAGUUAUUUCUCAACCUGUAGUAAAGUGUCGAUUUCAUUGUAGGGCUUAUUCACAUCCACCGCAGUGGUGUCAACGUGUUGCGGAUUAUCUAGAUAUCUUUCAAUUACAAAUUGGUCCACAAAGUCGUAUUUGUACAGAUAUUUUUGAUGGUAUAUCUAUAUCACUUCGACGAACUUUUCGAUUAAAACUACCACGACGAUUUUCACCAUAUCAUACAGAAGAAUUAAAACCAACGGUUGGUGGUAGAGGAAAUACAUUAACAUGGGAUGAAAUUUUACAAUUUGAAAAUGAAAUUAUGUUACUUUCUGCUGGACCAACGACUUUUCCUUUUGGAACUGGUACCGCACCAUUACGUGGUGUUUUGUUUUCUUUUCAGUGGAAUCAAUUACAUGAUACGGAAGUACAUGAUGAUGGAAAGAAAAAUUCAAAUUUAAAUCCUUUUGGAUCCGAUGGGGUUAAGACACAGAAUAAAUUAACGAUUAAAGCCAUUGCAAUACCAAAAAAAGAAUGUGAAUUAAAUCAUACAGCGUGUAAAAGUCUUUCAGAGUAUGCAUAUAUGGUGGUGGAAGAUAUCUCUUCUGAAAAAAAUUUAUCACCAGCAACCGAUAUAUCACCAACUCUUGAUGUUAUGGCAAAUGAAAUUAUUUAUAGUCAUACUGUAAGUCUUUCAGGGCAAAUGAAUCUUCUUAAACGAUUAAUAAAUAAUGAUGAAGCUGAAGAAGGAGAAACCAAUUCUUCUAAUAGUGAUAUUCGUAAAGUAUAUUUCCCAGGUUCUCUUUUAUGUCGUUUUGCUUAUGUUUGUGCUAAUCGUUUAGAACUUGCACGAGAUGUUUAUACCUUAUGGAUGUUAGUUGUGGAUCGUCUGAGGGAUCUUCUUGAGGGAGGAGGUGAAAGAGAUCAUUCAUUGCAGCAACUUAUUGAUACUAUAGGUAUACCACCAGUUGAAGAAAUUGAUCAUGGACUUCCAUUACUUGUUCAAAAAUUUCAAUUAUUGUCUUAUUGUGCGAGAAGGAUGUUGCGUGAAAAUGCAGUCCCUAUCUCUUCUUGUUUUCCUAAUACUACUACUAUUUCUACUACUACUAGUGGUAAAGGAGGUAGUAGUAGUAGUCAUAAUAAUAAUAGUACGGCACAUACUCGUUCAAAACAUUCAGUGGAUGGUUGGGAUGAAGAUACAGAUGAGUUAUUCUCAUGUGAAACAGGGGAUUCAACAGUAGAGACUCGUGAUUCCACAAAUGAUGCUGUUACGAAUGUGAAAAAACGACUUAUCACGAAUGGUGAACCUUUGAUAGAACCACCAGCUCUUCCUACUCCACCCUGUACAUCAGAUGUUCUUUUAUUAAAAGCACAAGAAUUACAAAAUCUUGGUACAGCUUCUGUAGGACAACAAAUGCGUGCUUGGAUGCAAAGUGAAGGACUUCUUAAUGAUAUGUGUUUAUUCCUUUAUGCUAAUAAAGCACAUGAAGGACGUGUGGUACGCUUUCCAGAUUUUGUUCACUGGCAUAGUCCACGUGACUUUAUUCCCCCUUCAGAUGAGUCAAACUAUAAUACAGGUAAUGUAGAAGAAGAUGAUAUGUAUUUAUCAGAACGAAUGCGACGAAACUCUGGUAGUGGCUCAUCCAAUCUUUGGUGGCCACUCUGGAGUAAAGCUAUUCCACGAUCACCGGAAGAAAUAAUGGCUCUUUCAUUUGUUCCACAUGAACAGGCAAGACUUAUUAUUCGAUGGAUGGAAAAAGAUCUUACCCCAGAUACCCUUCUUAUUGAAACUAUUCAUGCAAACUUUAGUAAUUCAUUACAUCGUAUUCUUUCUCAUCGUUGUGUUGAAAAUAAUCAUGCCAUUAAAUCUUAUGCGAUAAGUAAAGUAGAUGCUAUUACUAAUGCUCUUGGAGGUAUUUCUCAACUUGAAAGUUCAAGUAUAGAUCCUGAAGAUCUACGAACUACAUAUGCUAUGACUAUUCGUCAAAUUGGAGAACUUGAGACCUCAUUAUGUGCUGCCAUGACAAUUGAACGUUUAUUAGGAACGGUUCAACAACAACCCAGUGAAUCAACAAGUACGGAAGAAUUAUGUACCACAAUGGGAAAAUUUGCUGCUGCCCUUUCAUCUCCAAGUGAAGAACAAGAAGAUCCUACUGGACUUACAUUACGUGAGGCAUUCUUAUCAUGGGAUCUUUGGCAUCGAGGAGGUAUUGCAGAACGUUUUCCAGAAAAUGAUCAAAAACCCAUUUCAAUGCUAUUACGUGCUACAUGUAUGGCAGAAAGACCUCUUAACACCACAGCAUGUUUUCAACAAAUGACGGCUGAAACAGAUGAUUCCGAUGUAUUUCGUAUGGCCCUUGCAAUAUCAGAAGAGGUUUUGUAG